AGCGGCCCCGGCUCCGAGGUCGCUUUCCCGGAGCCGGGCCCUAAGCCUCGGGCGCUCUGGCCUGCGCGAGCACGCGAAGGGGGUGCUGGGGGACCGGGGUGGGAACUGUCAAAUAGUGAGCCAUGGAGGGGCUCGGCCGGCGCGCGCGCCGCGCAGGCGCAGUACCGCGGGGAUGAGCUGGGCGAAAUUGUGAGCCGCUCGCUUGUGCGCUCUGCGGCUGCGCAGCCGGGUGCUCUCCUGGGUCCCGGGUCGCGGGUGGGCUGAAAUGGUGCGAGGGUUUGUGCGAGGCCGGAAAGGAUCACUGGUCUGAAACUUGGCCCUUCUUCUCAGCCCUCCCCGGAGUCAGAGAGGACGCACUCCUUCCCUGGUGUGCUGGGAGUGUCUGUUUCCUUCAAACUGUGCUUUUGGCUGCCUGUUAAGAGAAAGAGCUCCCCGUUGCAAGGAGUAAACUCUGAGCCAGCCCGCUCCUGGGGAAGUGUGAGGCCAGGCAUGUGUAUGCCCAUCUCAUCAAGUCUGGAACCCUGGCUCAGCCCUCUGUGCACCUUACCUGCUGCUUGUGUGAACCCAGGCUGGUGGCAUGAGCCACUUACCACACUGGGUUCUCUGCCCCAGUGUGGCAGUGUCCUGGGUGCCGGGGACCAAACUGGGUGUCUCCCAGGCCCUCUCUCACCUAGUCUCACACAUGGCUGGACAAGGAGAUCUCUCUGGCCACCUUCUUGCCUACCUGAGCCUUAGCCCUGUAUUUGUCAUUGUUGGGUUUGUGACCCUCAUCAUAUUUAAGCGGGAGCUACACACGAUCUCAUUCCUGGGGGGCCUGGCACUGAACGAGGGGGUCAACUGGCUGAUCAAAAACAUCAUCCAGGAGCCGCGGCCCUGUGGAGGCCCCCACACAGCAGUGGGCACCAAGUACGGGAUGCCCUCCAGCCAUUCCCAAUUUAUGUGGUUCUUCUCCGUCUAUUCCUUCCUUUUCCUCUAUUUAAGAAUGCACCAAACCAACAAUGCCAGGUUCCUGGAUUUGCUGUGGAGGCACCUGCUCUCCUUGGGGCUCCUCACCGUGGCCUUUCUAGUCUCCUACAGCAGGGUCUACCUGCUAUACCACACCUGGAGCCAGGUGCUCUAUGGAGGCAUCGCUGGAAGCUUCAUGGCUGUCGCCUGGUUCAUCUUCACCCAGGAGGUCCUCACCCCGCUGUUCCCCAGGAUAGCAGCCUGGCCUAUCUCUGAGUUCUUCCUAAUCCGAGACACGAGCCUCAUUCCCAAUGUACUCUGGUUUGAGUACACGGUAACCCGGGCAGAAGCCAGAAACAGACAACGCAAGCUGGGGACAAAACUGCAGUGACUGGUGGGUGUGGCUGGGUCCAGCCUCCAGAUCUGGCCUGCACGAUGCCUUGCAGGAUGGACAGAGUGACAGACAAGGGGUGAAGCAGAGACCUCUACAGACCCAAGUCACCAAGUGGAGCCUUUUUUUUCCUUAUUUUAAUUUUAAUGAACAAGGUGGACCAAAGGGCCGAGCCAGUCCCUCAACCAGGACCUUGGAAGGCCUGCUGCUUGGGGGCCACGUGGUCAGAGACCCCUGCUAUGCUGCAACCACCCCCGACCCAGUGAAACGUGUCCUUGGCGUGGGCACCUGGGUGUGGGGUAGAGGAGGAGGGCUCGAGCCUCUGGUCUUGGGACCAGGAAUUCCAGGUGGCGUGAAAAGUAUACACUAUUUAUUUUUUGGUUUCUUAAAGGCAGAUGAGAUUUUGGAGACAGGGCUGGAAGAGCCAUUUUCCUGUGGCUGCCGUGUGUAAAGUGGGGCCCAGGUCAGCUCCCCAGGCUCUGCACCCUGAGCCCGGGGGCAGACUGCCUCUCCCUGGGCCUCAGGGGCGGCCUGGGGGGGGGAGGUCAGGAGGAAGGGAGCAUCCCCUGUUCCCUCCCUGCCACCAUUGCCAUUCUAGAACCUCGUUCAGUGUUUCCUUGUCUGGGGGCCGGGCCCACAGCGAGCACACGUCUGGUGGCGGCUAUUACUGUGUUCUACCCCAGAUUGAACCUGUACUACAAGGGCUUUCUCUGGUCCCCUGUCCCCAAGACAAUAGUCCCUUUCUGACAAAAGAGUCUGCACAUGAGGGUGAGCAAACCCAAGCUGUUUACAGCUCUUCCUUGUCCUACCAUCCAGUCGCUGUUAGUCUUCAUCCCACGUAAACAAAGCGCAAAGGAACAGGAGCUGGGAAGAGAGGAGUGAGGCAGGGGUGCCUGAAGUCCCCUGACCUUCCCUCUGUGUGCUCUGAACGUGUCCUUGUCCUUUCACCCACUUCCAACCGGCUGGGAACCUGUUCAGGGUCAUCCUCAAGCCUGUGUUCUUGGUGUGGGCUCACAGGUCCCCACCAGCCUAGUUCAGAGGAGGCUCUUCCUAAAGGGACCCAUCUCUAAGUCAUUCUGAAACAGAGUUGUGGACAGAAGAUGCUUCCAGACUCGCGGAAGUUCAAGAACUGAACUAGACAACUUGGGACCUGUGUUCGAAUUCUUCCCCCCCCCCCCGUUUUUUUUUUCUUUAUUGCGGUUCCUAACCUGCUGCUGAAGCACAAUAUUUUGGUGCUUUCUUUUCUCAUUUGUUAAAGACAGUGUCCAAAAGCCAUUCCGGAUACCAGGACCAGGGGCUUAUUUUUAGGGAAGGUAGGUCAGUUCCCACAGUUCCAUCCCCUUCCCUUAUUUUUAUUUUUUACCUUUUGCUUGAGAGAAGCUGAGUGUGAGGAGGUUUGAUUUAGGAAAAAAAAUCAAUGAAAUUGUUUACUAUUGUUUUAAAAUAAAAUCUGAAACUCUGGCA